UCGAGUUAAUAAACCGAGUCAACCCGGGUUACAGCUAAACCGAGUCAAACCGAGUAAUAUAAAAAUCAAACCGAGUUGGUCGAACCGAGAGAACGAUAACAAACACAGUGUGUAAUACAAACCCGUGCCGUGCGUCGCGUCGUCGUCAUCUUCAUCGGUGUAUGUAUAUAAAGUCGAUCUCGAUAGUUGGAAAUCAAAAACAGUAUCUCUGUCUUUUAUAAUACUAACCGAGUUGCAUUUACUGAUUCAAUACUUGUUUGGAAUUCGGUUGUGGGUUGUGGUUGGGUGUUGGGUCUGGGUUGGGUAGUAUAGUUAGGUUUCUUUUCUCUUUCUCUUGUUGACAUUUUUUUUUGCACAUACAUAUCUGAUGUGAUUGUUUGUUGUGUGUGGUGUAUGCGCCGCGCUCGUUGUGUUGUUUUGUUGUCUGAUUCAUCGAACCGCAUCCGAUGGGUUUGAAAUUUGAAUUGAAGUCGAGUAAAAGAAGUUUUUUUUUUGUUUGUAUACAAAUAGAGCCAAGCCCGAGUUGCUCUCAUACCGUUGCAAAAGUAUUUUAUUUUAGUUUCUUAUUCUUUUCUUAUUGGGUUUUUCUUUUGCCAUGAGACGGAUGUUCCUGCUUUUAUUGCAUAAUUUUAAUUUAUAUUUCAGUUUUUUUUUAAUUAAAGUUGAUUACUUUACACUCUUACAAUGCCAGGCCCUAGACAAAAAUCAAUAGUGUGGGAAGUAUUUAAAAAAUCAGAAGGAGGUACAGUUGUUUGUAAAAAGUGUUCUUGUUCAUAUAAGUAUUCAGGGAACACGAGUACAAUGAUGGGACAUAUAAAAAAAAAACACCCAGGUGAGUUCCUAGAUAUUACUGACGGGGAGGUAAAUACUGAUAUUGACAGUAUCCAAAGAACGAAUGCACAACCUUCUACAAACCAACAAGUGCGUAAUGUUGCGAUUGCACAACCCUCAAAUUCAGAAGAAACUCCUGCUAUUAAUAAGAGACUGAGGCAGUCGCGAUUAAUAGUGCCUUCAAAACUUUGUCAAAAAAGUGCAGAUAAUGCUUUGGUUGACCUUAUAGUACUUGAUUUUCAGCCACUGCAAAUAGUUGAGAAUGAAGGGUUUAGAAGGUAUUCAAAAGUGCUCAACUCUGAAUACAAUAUUCCCUCAAGAAAAAAAAUUGCAGAAAUGCUUCAAGAGAGUUAUUCUAUUGAGUCAAGAUGCUUAAUGCAGAAAUUACAAGAAAUAGAGUAUAUUGCAUUGACAUCAGACAUUUGGACGUCAGAUAGCAACAAAUGCUUUAUAAGCAUAACGGCUCACUACGUAGAGCAAGCAAAAAUGAAAACGUCGGUUAUUUCUACGUCCGAAUUAGAAGAGAACCAUACUGCUGAAAAUAUAGCAACAAAAAUGCGAAAAAUAUUGGACGAAUGGCAAAUAGGUGCUAAAGUCGUAAGCAUUGUGACGGACAACGCUGCAUCUAUGAAGAAAGCAGUCAGCGAAAUUUUAAAUAAACGCAAUCAUUACUGUGUGGCACAUACAUUAAAUCUUGCCGUAAAAGACUGUAUUGAUAAACCAAUUUUGGAAGAACAACCCAGUAAUGAUCGGCUUUCAAUUCCACAGAUAUUAAGCAAAUGCAGAGGCAUAGUAUCACAUUUUAACCAUAGUGCCAAGUCCUCAUAUGCACUGCACGACAUGCAAAUACAAAUGAAUACCGAUACAUUAAAAUUAAAGCAAGACGUUCGAACGCGAUGGAAUAGCACUUUUUAUAUGCUUGAGCGCUUAUUAAAAGUAAAAGUGUCUCUUUCCGCUACAUUGCCACUUUUAGAAGCAUCCCCAUCUAAUCUGGAUUUUAACGAAUGGAUUUUGAUUGAGGAAAUAAUUAAGCUUUUGCGACCAUUCGAAAAAAUAACAGUUAUUUUGUCAGGAGAGUCGUACCCCUCAUUAUCGUGCAUCAUUCCGCUAGUAGUAGGACUUCAAGAGACAUUAGCCAAUAAAAAUUUAAGUACUGAGUCGGCUAAACUUUUGCAAAGAAAUCUACUAACUGUUAUAGAGAAGCGUCUUGGUAUUUAUGAAGUUAAUAGAACAGCAGCUAAGUCGACCUUUUUGGAUCCACGAUUUAAAAAGAAAGGUUUUGGAACUGAAUCUCAUGCCAAUAAUGCACAAAUGUGGGUCAUAGAAGAACUUAGGGAUUACCUGAUCAAUAGCUCAGCUUCAAGUAUUCAAUGUCAACCUAGUACCUCAAAUGCUGUAACCGCCGAAACCAACGAUGAAGAUGACGAGAUCUGGGGUGUCCUUGACAAAAAAAUUUCUGAGACACAAACUACAAUAACACCUUUUUCCUCAGCUGCAGGUAUGGUGAAGCAGUAUAUAGAUUUGGAAUACCUCGGUCGGAACAAAAACCCGCUUGAAUUUUGGGAAGAAAAGAGAAGUUUGUUCCCAUCCUUGUAUAAGCUGGCACAUAAAUACUUAUGUAUACCCGCUACGUCGGUUCCAUCGGAAAGGCUGUUCUCCAAGGCUGGAUUGUUGUGCAAUGAAAGAAGAAAUCGGUUAGCUCCAAAAAAAGUGGACCAAAUCUUGUUUCUUAACAGUGCAAAAAAAUCCAAAUUAACAUAGUUUAAUCAAAAUUAUUAUUUAUGAAAUAAUUUAAUAUAAUGAAAUAAUUUAAAAAUCCUGUAACAUGAAGUUCCUUGUUUAUGUUUUGUACCUACCAAAGUUGCAUUUUAUUUAUUGUUUUUAAAAUGAAUUAAUAUUUAUUUUUUUUUUUUUAAUUUUAUUUUUUCUAUUUUUUUUUGUUACGUACUGUACUACCUACCUAUGUAAAUGAAUUAAUAAAAAAACUAUGCAUCUCUUCACUAGAAUGUUUGCCUUUGUUUUAGUUUUUCAAAACAUAAGAUGAAGGAAAAUAAUUUGAAAAAAAACCGAGUUGGCUAACUCGGUUUGCAACUCGGUUUACUUGAAUUCUAACUCGAGUUGACUCGGUUAGAGA